AUGGGCAAUCCAUUGGUCAAACCAUCUUCGAUGUCCUUAUUUGGUAAUGCUACGAAUCCCAACAGUAACCCUGGAGGCCCUCUUUUUGGCAUGAAGCAACCAUCGACAGCGUCGAGCAACAGCUCAGACGGUCGUCUGUUUGGUUUAGGAAACAAUACCAUGAGCACCAGGAGUGUCGCAAAUGAGUUGUUCAGCGCGAAGAGAAUGUCAAUUAUUGAUCUCACUGGCGACGGACCUACCCAGUUGUCUGACAAUACUGCAAUGUCCGGUGACGAUGCAGGACUCGUCCUUUCUCACGAGAACAGAUCUCCGCCUGUUGACGUGCUUGGCGGGCGGGCCUUGAGCGCAGGAAUGUCCUCUACUAAAGGCACAGCUGGAGGAACAAUCUUCGCUUCUGUUCCACGGAACAUUGUGGCUAGCAAUGCGGUGCCAUUCUAUGGCAAUCCUGGGCAGCCCUUGUCGUUUGUGGGCUCUAAUGGCCCAACCCACUUCGCCGGCCAGCAGCAACAGCAACAGCCUUUCGGUGGGUUCCCACACUCGCCGCAUUUCGCCAACCAGCAGCAACAGCCGUACAGUGUUUGCUGGCAGCCAGUAUUCCAGGUUACGGCUCCCUUUGUCAAUCAGCUGCAACAGCAGUUGUUCCAGGGUUUGCAGGCUCCAGCAGACUUUUCCCACCUGCACUAUCAACAGCAGCAAUACGCAGGCUGGCACCCUGGAAUGUACCUCGCAAAUCAGCAGCAACUCCAGCAACAACCCUUCAACGGACCGAUAUAUUUCACCCACCAAUCCCAGCAGCAGCAGCUCUUCGGAGGCUUCCAGCCUGUGGCGCAUCUCGACGGCCAGCAUCAGAAUCAACAGCAGACUUCAGAUGACGCCAACAAGCAGCCCGUCGCUACCAAAGCAUCGCAGUCCACACAACGCCGACUAGGCUAG